GCGGGGAGCGCGGGCGGAGGCUGGAGCGCCUGGACGCUCUAGGACCCAGCAGCGAUUGUCGGGUUUGGGGCAGGCGGUAAAGCCCAGGCAUUUCUCUCCUGUGAAUGGGGCUGAUUGUCGGGUGCCACUUCCCCCCGCUGCCCCACGCCAUGCCCAGCGCGCUGCCCGGCGGCCGUCUUUCCCAACCACGGGACUGAACUGGCCAUGAUCGCCUCAUGUGGAGGGCAAAGUUGCGCCAGGAAACUUGUGAGCCCGCGGUGAAAGGUCCCCCUCCUGUAUGUUAUAGCCCCAGUAGUCCUGUCCAGAUUCUAGAAGACCCCAACUACUUUUUCCCGGACUUUCAGCUGUAUUCUGGGAGGCAUGAAGCAUCUGCUUUGACUGCGGAGGCAAACAGUGGCAUCAAGGAAAAAGGCGUUGAGGAUCCUCUUUGUAAAUUCCACUCCCCGAACUUCCCGAGGAUCUCAGAGGUGGAAAUGAGAGGUUCCGAGGAUGCAGCAGCUGGAACAGUAUUACAGCGGCUGAUCCAGGAACAACUGCGGUAUGGCACCCCGACUGAGAACAUGAACUUGCUGGCCAUUCAGCACCAGGCCACAGGGAGUGCAGGACCAGCCUACCCUACAAACAACUUUUCUUCCACGGAAAACCUCACUCAAGAAGACCCACAAAUGGUCUACCAGUCGGCUCGUCAGGAACCGCAGGGUCAGGAACACCAGGUGGACAAUACAGUGAUGGAGAAACAGGUCCGGUCCACGCAGCCUCAGCAGAACAAUGAGGAGCUGCCCACUUACGAGGAGGCCAAAGCCCAGUCACAGUUCUUUAGGGGGCAGCAGCAGCAACAACAGCAAGGGACUGUGGGCCAUGGCUACUACAUGGCGGGGGGCACCAGUCAGAAGUCCCGGACUGAGGGGAGGCCCACGGUGAACCGUGCCAAUAGCGGACAGGCACAUAAGGAUGAGGCUCUGAAAGAACUCAAGCAGGGCCAUGUCCGCUCUCUCAGUGAGAGAAUCAUGCAGCUGUCUCUGGAGAGGAAUGGUGCUAAGCAACACCUCCCUGGCUCGGGGAAUGGAAAGGGGUUCAAGGCAGGAGGGGGACCCUCCCCAGCCCCGCCUGCAGGUAAGGUGCUGGACCCUCGAGGUCCUCCACCUGAGUACCCUUUCAAGACCAAGCAAAUGAUGUCUCCAGUGAGCAAAACCCAGGAGCAUGGACUUUUCUACAGUGACCAGCAUCCUGGGAUGCACCAUGAUAUGGUCAAGCCUUACCCACCUCCUCAGCCUGCGAGAACAGAAGUGGCUGUCCUGAGGUACCAGCCACCCCCAGAGUAUGGGGUAACAAGCCGCCCAUGCCAACUUCCUUUCCCGUCAACAGUGCAGCAGCACAGCCCAGUGUCCUCCCAGACCUCCUCCAUCAGUGGGCCGCUGCACUCGGUCUCCUUACCGCUCCCCCUCCCGAUGGCUCUGGCAGCCCCACAGCCACCGCCUGCCGCCUCCCCCAGCCAGCAGCUUGGCCCAGAUGCAUUUGCGAUUGUGGAACGAGCCCAGCAAAUGGUGGAGAUACUAACAGAGGAGAACCGGGUGCUUCACCAGGAACUUCAGGGUUACUAUGACAACGCUGACAAGCUCCAUAAGUUUGAAAAAGAACUUCAGAGAAUUUCGGAAGCCUAUGAGAGCCUGGUCAAAUCUACAAGCAAGCGAGAGUCGCUGGACAAGGCGAUGAGAAACAAACUGGAAGGCGAGAUUAGAAGACUUCACGAUUUCAACAGAGACCUCCGAGAUCGACUGGAGACCGCCAACAGGCAGCUGUCCAGCAGGGAGUACGAUGGGCAUGAAGACAAAGCCGCGGAGGGGCACUAUGCUUCCCAGAACAAAGAAUUCUUGAGGGAGAAGGAGAAGCUAGAAAUGGAGUUGGCGGCGGUACGGACUGCUAGUGAGGACCAGCGGAGGCACAUCGAGAUCCUGGACCAGGCUCUGAGCAACGCCCAGGCCAAGGUCAUCAAGCUGGAAGAAGAGUUACGAGAGAAGCAAGUAUACGUGGAGAAAGUUGAGAAGCUGCAACAGGCCCUGACCCAGCUGCAGUCUGCAUGUGAGAAGCGAGAACAAAUGGAGCGGAGACUGCGCACCUGGCUGGAGAGAGAGCUGGAUGCACUGAGAACCCAGCAGCCCAUUUUGAGCAUCAAGAUGUUAUUUCUCCUACUUGUCCAGAAACAUGGAAAUGGCCAGCCAGCCAACAUGCCAGAAUACAAUGCCCCAGCCCUCCUAGAACUGGUGAGGGAGAAGGAGGAGCGGAUCCUGGCCCUGGAGGCUGACAUGACCAAGUGGGAGCAGAAGUAUCUGGAGGAGAGCACCAUUCGACACUUUGCCAUGAACGCUGCAGCCACUGCUGCUGCCGAGAGGGACACAACGGUCAUCAACCACUCACGGAACGGCAGCUACGGCGAGAGCUCGCUAGAUGCCCGCAUCUGGCAGGAGGAAGAGGAGGUGGUGCAGGCUAACAGGCGGUGUCAGGACAUGGAGUACACUAUUAAAAAUCUCCAUGCCAAAAUCAUAGAGAAGGAUGCCAUGAUUAAGGUCCUUCAGCAGCGAUCCCGUAAAGAUGCUGGGAAGACAGACUCCUCCAGCCUGCGGCCUGCCCGCUCGGUCCCAUCCAUUGCUGCGGCCACUGGCACACACUCCCGCCAGACCUCUCUUACCAGUAGCCAGCUGGCCGAAGAGAAGAAGGAAGAGAAGACCUGGAAGGGAAGCAUAGGAUUGCUGCUGGGGAAGGAGCACCACGAACAUGCCUCAGCCCCCAUGCUGCCAGCCCCACCCCCAUCGGCACUGUCUCCUGCAGCUUCUGCCACAUCGGCCAGCAGUGCCCAUGCUAAGACAGGCAGCAAGGACAGCAGCACCCAGACAGACAAGAGCGCUGAACUCUUCUGGCCCAACAUGGCCUCCCUUUCCACCCGCAGCAGGCUGGGCAUGACCCCCUCCAACAGCCCCGUCCUGAAACACCCAGCGGCCAAAGGGACUGGAGAGAAGCCGGAGAACUCUCCUGGCCACGGGAAGGCACUUGACCACAAAGGCCGUGUCAGCAGCUUGCUCCACAAGCCUGAGUUCCCUGAUGGAGAGAUGAUGGAAGUCCUCAUCUAACACUUUCCUCCCUGUUGAAUUUCAUACGCAACGUUGACAAACAGGGAAAGUGGCAAAUAGAAGGAAGGUCACAAAGGUUGUAGGUGGGAAAUCAGGAAUAAUUUGAACAGAUAAAAGAUAUGGGAUUAUAAGAACAUUUUUUAUAAAUGUAAAAUUAAAAACAAGAAAACACAAGAACAGGAGACCUACAUGACCGAAGGUAGAAGAACGUGCUCUGGAUUUUUCUUGUACAUGGUGGAAGAGAGAGGACACUUGUAGGUUUGGAAACAAAGUUCAGAAGAAAUAGGAAAUGGAAUUUUUCAUUGUACAGAAAACGUAUCUCUUAUGGGGGGGUCUGUGUAUACCCAUUCUCCGGUUGUGAACACAUAAACCUGAGCAUGGAUCUUCCCUCGAAUAUCCCCAUUCUCCUUGCCUUUUAGCAUGUUUUCUUUAUGAAGAACCUUCUAGAAAUCUCUAGAGCCAGUGUUGGCAAAAUGCAAUAUUACCUGGGCCAACCAUCAGGUGUCCAGGAGAGAGUGUGUGUGUGACAGUAAGAAGAAACGUCCGCAGGUGAUGAGGGUUUUAAAAGGCGGUCUUCACCUAGUUAUAUGUUUGGCUUUGAUUGCAGGAGAUGAUUGGGCUUCUUAGCUGGAUUCAGCAGUAUUUUUUAAGCAGGGCAGGAGUGUUAGGAUCUCCAUGCUCAUCCUCCCCGACUUCUCUCAUCCAUCUCUGUUUCUGCUUCACUCUCUUUAAUUUUCUAUUUUUUCCUUUACUUUUUCUCUUUUUAAUAAGACGUGGCAAAGUUCUUUAGGCCUGGGGUCUAUCAGUGCAUUAUCUGAAGUGUCCUGUUCCUGCCGUGUUUAAUAGCGACCUUAGGAUGAAGCCAUACGUUGGCUUCAUGGCUGCUUCCUCCACCUUCGUGUAGUUCGGGUGCAGUCGUCAACCUUGUUCUGACUGUGGACUAGUUGGGCUUUGAGGAGGUGAGAGACUCUGUGGAUCACUGCGACAUCUUGCAUUAGGGUCAUGUCACACUUUUUGCUCUCUGACAUCAGCUCUCCUGCGAGGAGUCUGAUCACUUCCACCCCUUUGCUCUGUUAGGGUAAGUCUUUAAGGUCAGCGCUCCAGGAAAUGACAGUUCACACGCAGUUGCCUUGGCAGCGUCCAGAGUCUCACAGGGCACCCUCGGAACACUUUCUGGGGUUUCUGGUUCUCGAGCAGAUUCCACCGCCCCCCCCCCCCCCCAGUAUUCUUGGUUGCUGUGCAUGAACGUGCUGCUUUCUGUCAGGACAGGCAUGUUAAUACAUCAGCAAUCCUCUGCUCUGAACUUUCCCUGUAACCUAACAGACUGGUACAUAUACAGUGUGGUUGGAUUUUAGAAGAGUUCAGUUUUGGAGCAACUUGUCCAAAGUACCACAGAGCUACCAGGAAAAAGAGUCAGGCAUGAGUUAGGUGGUGGGUCUCCUGGUCCUUUGCUGUGGGCUUCACAUAUGACCCUUGGACAGUGGCUUCCUUUACAAAUCCAGGAGGUGCUGGAUCAGAAAUGCAGAAGCUCCCUAGGCCAUGAGGCUCUCUUGCAGGGUCCCAAGAUCUUUCUGUCUCCAGGUCAGCUGGAUUCGUGUUUUCGCAGGUCCCCUUCCUCAUGCUUGCUUACGAGGAAAAAGCCCUGAGACUUUUUCAGGUCCCACCUAAAUGAAACUCUGAAGCAGGAACAUUACUGGGAAUUUUUUCUCAGGUAGGUUGUUUUAGAGCUUCCCUUUGGAGUGUAACCUGGGUGGAGUUACAGCCUUUCCAAAACUGGGGUGGCAGAAGGAUGAUGAGAAUUGUAGGCUGAAGCGUGGGAAGGAAGAAAUCAGUGGCUUUGGUCCAGGGGCCUCCUGAGCCAUCCGCUAUGAGAGAGUAAGACCCCCGGCACAUGCUUUGUGGUGGGCACCGAGCUCGGUGCUUCAUGCACGUUGCCUCCUUGAGUCUCACGUUGAGAGUCAAAGUAAAUGUCAUGCAGAGCUCCAAGAGGCUGAGCAGCUCGCCCAAAGCCUGGUGGUGUGAGAAAACAGCACAGGGGGCCUCACGAGUGGGGGCAGGAGUUGACUGUGGAUGCGGGAGUGGCUGCAGCGGAGGGAUCCCAUCCCGGUCUGUUCCCCACCACGUUUCAUGGGUGACAAGGCUCAGUGGAUGGCAGCUAACUCUCUUGAGGGCGUUUUGACAUCUACUUAAUGUUGGGGAUGAGCAGGGACGGAUUACCCAAUAAGCUAGGUAUACGCAGGCUUGCUUGUACUUACUUACUAAUCUGUAAAUCAGCUCUGCCAGCCCACCCCAGCCCAAACCUGGGCUGUCACCCCUAGAAGUGGGUGAAAGGAGAGCUGCAGCCCAGUUUCUCCCAGGGCCCGCCUCUGCUGCAGGGCACUCACUGGCAUACUCUGUUACAAGGCUGGCCUGCUCUCCCAGGGCCCCUGACAUGCCAGGAUGUUUUCACUGUCAGGGUGUAGAUGGAAACAUAACCGCCAUUUCUUGGCACCUUUGUCUAUGUUUUCUCCCCCUGACCUGCCGAGACUCUUCCUUGAGAAAAGGGAUCUUAGCUUUAGAAUAUCAUCUGUUUUGAGAGAUACCUCCUAAACCAGGGCCCUCAACCCCUUAAUUGUCACAGCUUUCUUGAAGCUUUGUUUACAUGUAGGAAGAAGGGAUUGUGUGGACUGACCACCCAGUCUGAGUUCUGGACAGUUUAUAAUAUAGUUUCUCGUUUGACUUUCAGAAAAAUAAUAAUAACUGUGUUUUUCUUACUGCUUGCUGUAAACAAGCACUAUAGUAGCUACCUUUUAAUUAAUCCUUCAAAUCACCUUGGGGCAAGAGAGUUUCUUUUUCUUAUUUCAUAGAUGAGGAAACUGGGGCUCAGGGAAGUUAAGUCCUCAGAGCCAGGAGCUAGAAGUUGAACCAAAAAUUUGGAAGAGGAGCUGUGCCUUAACCACAAGGCUGCACUGCCUCUAACAUGGGAAUAAUAAGCGCUCGUCCCUGUCCUGUUAUGUACACUCGUGCAUACACACACACACACACACACAAACGUGCACACGGCUAUCACUUGUCAGGCUAACAAAUAGAGGAUAGAGCCCAGAACGUAUAGGGUUGUCUCAUAAACAUCAGGGGUGGAUGGAAAGCUUCAUGUUCCGUCCUAAGCAGGGCUACAAAAGACAUCUAAAAAAAAACUUCCAUGUUGUCUGGAGAUCUGGACUUCUUCAAAACUUCCCAGUGGUGUGUGAUUAUGGAACUUGAAGAUCCUGUGUCAGGGUGAAGGGCAAAGGCUUUGGUUUUGUGUGAAGAUUUGCCAAAGUAAUUCUGCUUCAUCCUUGAAUGUGUUGUCUGGAUGUUUCUGCCUGCUGCCAGAAGUAUUAUAUGGAAUAUGAGAUGUUGGAUGCAAGCCUCUGACCCCAGAUCUUUUAGCUAAGCAGAUGGUCUUGUACUUAAGAACUUUUACUGUCUGCAGGUCCAUAAGCUGAACUAACAGGGAACACAUAUUAUUUUCCAAAACUUUCAGAGAGCAGAACUUGACCACAUUCUCUUCUCAGCAGUUGUUUCCCAGAGGUUGGUAGCCAAUGCGAAUGUUGAGUGAGCGUUCUAGCCAGGCGUGCAGGGCGGGGCUGCGUGUCCCUCCAGGCUUAGGCUGGGAGGGCAGGGCUGGUGGAACACUUCCCGUUUAGUUCAGGGGUUGCUCUGGGAAGCUCACGUUUGAAUUUGAACUGCACAAGGCUCAGCUUUGACCGGAUAUGGAGGCGUUUGCUCCAAAUGACUUCUGAACUUGGAGUAGAGAAUUCAGUGGUUCUGUCCCUCGGAAACCCUGGUGGCGUAGUGGUUAAGUGCUGCGGCUGCUAGCCAAAGGGUUGGCAGUUUGAAUCCGCCAGGCGCUCCUUGGAACCUCUGUGGGGCAGUUCUUCUCUGCCCUAUAGGGUCGCUGUAGGGUUGCUGUAGGGUCGCUAUGAGUCGGAAUCGACUCAGUGGCACUGGCUUUGGUUUUUUUGGUUUGGUUGCUCUGGGAGAGGCUCUCAGAACGUCCCUGCACAGAACUCCUAUUGGUUCUCACCUGGUUUGCCCUCAGCCACCUGUAUCCUCAGAUGCUGUAGCUGAGGCACAUUUAUGCUGACUUCGUGAUGGAAUUACUUGUUCUCCCUCCCCAGGGCUGCCUUCUGACUUCCAGAGACAGAUGUGAGCCCAGAUGUCUGGUGAGGCUACGGUUCCAGGAGGGAGUGAAGAGUACACUGGGGGUUAAAAGGCCCCGAGGCUCAGAGCUCACGUUUAUACUGUGGGAGCUGUGCUCAGCCAGGAUGUGUUUUCUAAAACCGAAGUCUUACACAGCCUUUGCACUUGCCAGCGCCUCUGUGGAAUGUGUUUCUGUGUGUACUCUAGUCUCGCACUCCUCUUAGGGCAAAGGAGUAUUGUGGCGCUAGUAAGAGGGAUCCCACAAAUGUUCUUAAACAGCAAAGGCUUGAUGGAUGUGGCCAGAGAGUAUCCCACCCACAGUUAACUUCUACAUCCCCCAAAACCUGAGGCAGCCGCGGUAUAUGCUUAGUAACUCUUGGUUUUCUUUUUUUCCUUGCUAAUGAGUGUGUUUAAGAGGUGUUCAUUUGAUGUGAGGAUUAUUUACUGGGUUGCCUCUGAUGCAUGGCUUUUGGGGAGGUGGGCUGAACAGUUAAGAAGUUACCAAAACCAGGUCAGCUGGGAGCAUGUAAAGGUUAGCAUUUCCAUAAAUAGAUUUCUUCUGGAACUAAUGAGCAGUUUUUUUUUUUUUUUUUCCUGCCUUUUAAGUAGCACACCCUUUUCUCAUUUAGUAAUUUUAAUGGUAUAUGGAAAUGCAUAUAUGUAAGUGCAUACAUAUGAGAUAUGAUCAUAAGGUUGUGUAUCUAGUUUCUUUUCUGAACACCCAGAAGACCCAAGUAUUUCAUCUCACCCCACAGUCCUUAAAAGGUGUCCUCUUGGGAGCAGGUACUUUGAUUACUGCAGGGCUACCCAAGUAGAAACACUCCGGGAACACCGCUACGAGAGUGGCCUCUGGGCCUGGCACGCUCCUUUGAUUAACCUUAGAGAUGAGAAGUCUUCAUCCUUUGAGGAUGGAUUUAAGUUUUGAAAAUGAUCCAAAGUCAUUCAUAGCUCAGUCAGAUGAAAAACGAUGGGUGAUCACGGUAAGUCGUACCAUUUUAGCUUCUAAAAAAAGGUCCCCAAAAUGUGUCUCACAACGAGCCUUCAGACUCAGAGGGCCUCACUGAAUGACCACUUCAGAGGAGGAUGGUACUGAUCAGUACACGUAACCCCUAGUGGGUUCACUUUUACAGAUCAGCUGUCUUGCCAAGCUCCUCGGUUGUAUUCACAUCUCUGCAUACGCUACAGAUGUAAGUGUAUAUUCAUUAGUACAAACACCCAGCAGGUAUUCUAUAAAGCCGUGUUGUUAUACUCUAGUGCAUGUUAUUGUCAUGUUAUGCAGCGGCUGAGGUGUUUCUUUGUCAGGAAACUGCUCCUUCACAGAAUUAAAAUACUCUUCUCUUUGUAAUGAAGUAACUACGCAGCAUCUCCUUGUAUCAGUUCCCGAAGUUUUGAUGUCCAGCCAUGCGUUUACAUGUGUUUUUGCCCAGGAUUCUGUUCCCAGAUAAGACACCUGUAAGUAUUUAUUACAAAGAAGAGUGUAAGCAAAUUUGUCCACAGUAGUUUUAUUUGAAUCAGGGUGUUUUCUUUUCCUUUGAGGAAGGACCCUGGAGCCUCCUCACAGAGGCAUUUAGAGAAUCCGUGUAAAAUUCUGUGGCUGGAGGGCAAGCGCAUGCACCCAAUCUCAACUAAGAAGCCCGAGGGUCUGUCAGCUGCUUCCACCCACUGUGUGUGCAUCGCUGUGCCUGGUGCCUGGUGUCUGUUUGCCGUAUUCUUUCCAGGGGACACCGGGAUCUGGGUGUCACUUUUUUUGGUAUCUUCGUGUCGCUGGUGUGUACAGAGCUGUACAGCCAGAUGGAUCUGUGUACAGAGUGGGGAGUCCCACAGCGUGCCCCCACAGCAAAUAUUGAUGUUGUUGGUCAGCCAAAGAUUUUCCUAUUCUUUGCUGCUUAAACUUGUGCCUUAAUAUUGUAUAUAAUAAAUGGAUAAAAUGGCAAAAUGGCUAUCCUUUCCUUCAUUGUUGCUCUUUUUGUCUUCAAAGAAAAACUUCUAUGUUGAGUGUUCAAUAAAUGUUUGUUUAAUUUUAUUUCAUUGCUCUGGGGGCAGCUUCCCUUGAUAUGCUUUGCUUCCAGGAGGUUCAACUCCCUCUCCUGGGGCCUCAUGCUCACAGCACCCCACCCUCACCAACACAGAGCUCUUGAUUCGGGGAGGAAAUGAGUCACCCAGACCUCAGAGCUGGCAGUCUGCCCACUCCUGGCUCCUCCAGACAAAAAAGGAAAAAGGAAACAUAGGGAGACCAUGGGCCCAGGGGGGCAGUUUCCACUUCCAUUGCAUAUGAGCGACCUUUUGGGGGUUCUGUGUUCAGAGCCUGCCAAUGACCACCGUAAACUGAACUGUCCCAGGGAAUUAACCCAAGCAGCUGGAACUGGAGUUGGGGCCCCAGCAUGGGCUGUGGGAGGUGGUAGCUGCUUGUUAAUGCCUCGGGUCACAGAAAAGAAAAAAAAAAAUGUGCUUUGGUAGAAAGGAAUCACAUGGUAAAUUAGUGAAAUUCAGGCCAGGAGCCUUAGAGACUGCAGCGAGGAGAUGAGAAUCUGGCCUGUGAGAGUCCCCAGGUGAAGAUGGCUCCCACGUGGAGUGGGACCUUGGGGUUGCUGGGUGUGAGGAGGGGGCUGUACCCUCUGUUUAAUCUCCGGCUGUGCCUCUUUCAAGAGAAGCCUUCUUGCUCCUCCUCCCCACACCCCUGGCCCCAACAGUGCUUUCUCAUAGCAUGAGAAAAGCUUUCUAAAAUGUGAAUUUAGGAAGAGUGCGUAUUUUUUUGUGAAGGAUACGUGUCUGCUUCCCCUGUAAUAAUAACUGAUGUGAUUUACAUGAAUAAUCUCCUUCAGUCCUCGCAACAACUUAGUCAUUGUUCUGAUUUUAAAGAUGAGGAAAUAGGUUCGACCAACAUCAGGUAAUAAUAUUAAAAAAAUCACAACGAGAAAAUAAUAGAACUGGGAUUUGAACCCAGGACUGCCUGAUCAGAGCCCUUGUACUCAAAUGUGAAAGGUUGGUUAACCCUGUGGAGAAGAAGAGCUCAAGUUUAGAUCUACUUGGGUUCCUAUCUACCCAAGGAGUCCUUUGCAGAGAACUCUGGGUUUCAGGCAUGUGAAUGUGACUUAAUUAGCAUAAAGGACAAACCUUCGCAGCUCCCAGGCCUUUAUCUUUCAAGACUUCAACUCUAUGAAGACAGUUGGAGGCCUCACUGGACCUGCUACCUUUAGGGCUUGGAAGAGGACUCCUCUGAGCAGACCAUCUAGUUGGCCCAGCACUUGUAGCUCCUGUGAGGUCCCACCUGUGUCUGGCAUUUCUCUUGGCCCUUCGUACACCAAAGGAGAGAUAUCCUCAAGCCCACCAGUUCUGUGUAGUCACUGCAGGUGGUAGCCACACACUGCUGUAUCCUCAAGGAAUGCUGGCCUCUGUCCCUCUGAAGAUCCUGGGCUGGACCCACCGCAGACCCGCAAGGGGUAACAAUGCCCUUGAAAAUUGCUCAGGCUCACCUUAAUCAGGAGGUAGUUCCCAAACGAGACAUAAAUCUGGAUCUAUGAAAUUCCUUUCUUAGAAGAGUUCUGUGUUAUUGAAAUAAAAAGGGAUUUUUGACAUUAAAGAAUGUUGCUGUUUUAUUGUUUCUGUCGCCCUUCUGUCAAGCCCGUCAGGUCUUUGCAGGCUUCCUUUAACUGUCGCAUGCCCACAGGCAGAGAUCACCGUACCUUAUCCAGGUGAGCCUGAGCACCUCUUUUGACUAGUGUAUCACCCUCGAAACUCUUCCUGUUCUAGAAUAUUGGGAGAUGUAUAUAUGAUUUUUAAAAAUGAACCUGGAAUUUAUGGAGCCCAGAAGGGCAAGGAGACCCUCCCCAUCUGAUGUGGAUUGCUAUCAAAGAAUGACUCUUCCCAGGUUCCCGAAGACUCAGUG